AAACACAUAUAGGAUAGGCACUGACAACGGCGGCGACGUCGCCAUUUUGAUGGACAUUUUUAAUUCUUUCUGAAAAGAGUAACAUAUCAGAGAACACGACAGAAGAGAGGGGCAUAGCUGAACUUUAAUUGCCGACGCGUACCGUAAUAACUCCCUGAUUGGUGUGGUGGUGUAACUCGACAUUGGCAAGACCCCCCGGGGUACACUUGUUAUAGUAGGCAUGGCAGAAAAUAAUACAACGACCCCGUAUCCAUCAGACCAAAUGCAAACAAACACCCAGGUUACACCGUACCCAGUAGACCCAAAUCAACCAACGACAACAAAUGCAACAGGAGCGCAAGACCAAACUGGGCAACAGGCGCCACCACCGGCAGGGUUUCAACCAGGCGUUGAACAUGAAGGGAAACCCGGCGAAUAUCCAACGGAGCCCCCACCGCCGUAUCAACCGCCUGGAGGAUGGGAGCAGCCCGUGGGCCCGGCACCGGGGCAGCCUGGUUACGGCCUGAACACCGCAAUGUACUACGGAGCGACAGGUCAACAGGUGAAUGUUGUAAGUCAGCCACGAGUGACCGGGACUACCACAUACAUAAUCAAGGAUGAACCCCCGCCGUCACGUGUCAACCAUUGUCUGCAUUGUAUUAUCAGUAUCAUAUUCUGGCCCUGGGUAUUCGUAUGGUGUGCAUUGUGUAUAAUGGAAAGCAAAGAAAAUGAGAGAUGGGCCCGAGCACAUAGGAAUUACUGAACAGCUUAUGACGUAUAGAGCAUGGUGAAUGUAACAACACGACUACGAAAUAUUAUUUUAACAUUAUCCGUCACAUUAGAAAACAAAUCCUAAAUGAGACACGCUUAAAUUAACAGAAGAAAUAAUGAUAAUUUGUAGAAAAUCCUAUAUGCCUUCCAUGGUAACAGAAAAUAAUCAUGGCCUGGGACUCU